GGCCCGGCGCACAGUCAGCCACGGUCCCAGCUUGCUCCGCGCGGGCCAACGAGAGCAAGCCCAGUGACUCACCUCCGCCGCGCUAACUCUUCGUAUCUCUCCCCCUCACACACGCUCACACCCGGCUCGAGAUGGCGGCAGCGGCGGCGGCAGCGGCGGGGGACUCCGACUCUUGGGACGCGGACACGUUCUCAGUGGAAGACCCGGUGCGAAAGGUGGGGGGCGGCGGCACUGCCGGCGGAGACCGCUGGGAAGGCGAGGACGAGGACGAGGACGUCAAGGAUAACUGGGAUGAUGAUGAUGAAGAAAAAAAAGAGGAAGCAGAAGUAAAACCAGAAAUAAAAAUUUCAGAAAAGAAAAAAAUAGCAGAGAAGAUAAAAGAGAAAGAAAGGCAACAGAAGAAAAGGCAAGAAGAAAUUAAAAAGAGGUUAGAAGAACCUGAAGAACCUAAAGUGCUAACGCCAGAAGAACAAUUAGCAGAUAAACUGCGGCUUAAGAAAUUACAGGAAGAGUCAGAUCUUGAAUUAGCUAAAGAAACUUUUGGUGUUAACAGUACAGUUUAUGGAAUAGAUGCUAUGAACCCAUCUUCAAGAGAUGAUUUCACAGAGUUUGGAAAGUUACUAAAAGAUAAAAUUACCCAAUAUGAAAAGUCACUAUAUUAUGCCAGUUUUUUGGAAGCCUUAGUUCGAGAUGUGUGUAUUUCAUUGGAAAUUGAUGACUUGAAAAAGAUUACCAAUUCAUUGACUGUGCUUUGCAGUGAAAAACAGAAGCAAGAAAAGCAAAGCAAAGCCAAAAAGAAGAAGAAAGGCGUGGUUCCUGGAGGGGGAUUAAAGGCCACCAUGAAAGAUGAUCUGGCAGAUUAUGGUGGUUAUGAUGGAGGCUAUGUACAAGACUAUGAAGACUUCAUGUGACAUUUUAUCUUCUCCUGGUGUCUUCUUUCUGUUGCCCACAAUCCCUUCAACAUGUAGCACAACUUCCUUUCCUUUCAGUUCUGCCAAAUGCUACAAUCAGAAGUGCAGUAUCUUUUGUGCUGGUUAUUUUACCCCUUGACACUUAGGUGCUAAUGUGCAAAUGAGGGAACGUGGAUCUUGCUGCCAAGGGGUUAAAAUUGGGGAACCUCAAUUGCUACUAAAUCAUAGUUUAAAAAAAAACAAAACCUAAUAAUGUUGUCAUUGUUGCUGUUUGAUUCCAUAGCAGCAGCCACUAAAUUGGAAACAAAGGUUGCAACAUGACAAAAAAUUAUGUAGUAUUUACCAGCACCAUUCAGUAAUACAGCCUUAACCAUACCUCCUUGAACUACUUCAUAACUUGUCAAGAAAAGCAGUUUGCAGCAAGGGCAUGUGGUGUGCACCUAGUAUUAAAAUUGCUUUGUCUUAAAUUGAGCGUGAGGAUGUUAAAAAUACAUUGUGAAGAAGACUGCUUAUCUCAGACUGAAGAUACUGCAGCUGAAAAGUACUAGUGUGAUACUUAAAAAUUAAAUGACCAAAACCCUCCAACUUUGAAGCUGAAGAAGGUAAACUUCUCCAUUUUUGCAGUACAGUAAAAGUUGUGGAAUCUCUUUAUUUAUCAGACUAUUUUUACUGAUGAAGUGCUUCAGAUGGGGGAGGGAAACUGUUUUUAUUUGCCUGAUUCAAGUGUCUGAGAAACAAAUCUCUUUGUUCUCGUAGGCUGCAAUGGAACAACUUUAACAGGGUUUUGGCAUUUCCUUUCCUUUAUAAAACAUGCUCAGCAAACUGCACCAGUUAACUACAGUUUGGUAAAUUGUUAUGUUAACAAUUAUGACAUCUGCAAUGUUUUAUAAAGCAACUAAUUUAAUAAAAUCACUAUUGUGAGGACUUAAAUUUUGUGUUACCUCCCAAGAGAUAUUUUUGGAGAGUACAGAAUGCACCUCUUGGGACUAGAGUUCUUUAUAUACUUAAUAAAGUUUAAUCAGUGCUUGAUGUA